AUGUACUUCAAACAAGAUCCAUGUCCGUUAGAAGCGAUGAAAGAAAUGCAGUUUUGUGCAGCUCAAGGCCAAGAUCAUCGGCCGUGUUGUGCUCGUAAUGGUGUGACCACAACAUUGGCUGGAGCCAAAUGCCUUACAUUCUGUGAUCAACGACCAGGAAUAAUUACUCGAUUGGAUAUGUCGUAUGUAUCAUGUUUUGAUCGGUUUGAAAACAUGAAAAGUUGCUUUUGGCAUGAUAUCAGUCAGUAUCUACGCGUUAAAGCCAAAUAA